AUGACUCCAAAUAAAAAAAACCACAAAAACUACGAAUCUCACAAAUCCCUCCAAUCUCGGGAAGAUCGCGAAAGCCACCAUUUUCGCAAGGUUCACAAUUUUCACCUGAACGAUAACGAAAUUUUGAGCCCUACCAAAGGAGGCAUAAAAUUAGAUGUGAACAAACUGAGCAUAUUAAGUUUUUCUGGCACACCAAGAAAGGAGGAACAGAAAAAAAAGGAAAGCCGCCUCCCCAAUUAUGAGCAAAUUCAAAAUAACACCCUAGACUUUUACAUUCCAUUAAAUGAAAGAAGUGACACACCUAAGAAAAAUAUAAGCAACGUCACUACGACUGAAAAAACGAAGAAUCAGAAAGAAAAACACAGCUUCGACUCGUCCUCUUCGUCUUUCUUUUCCUCCCCUUAUUCAUCCCAUUCGUGCGUAUCGGAUAGCAGUUCUUCCGUGCUUAGUCCAAGUGCCAUCCACGAACCCCAGGUGACGCACUUCAUCAUAUCCUCGGACACCACACCCCGGAAGGCGGCAAUAAGUGAAAGUCCAAGAAAACAAACCGGAGUUACAAACACACAGAAUUAUGACCGCAUGAGAAGAUCGCCCAGAAACCUAAGCACAAGUAAAUCCAGCACAGAAAAAGAUAGCUACAAGAAGAAGGAUGGCGAGGGAAGGAAAGAAAAAAAAAGAAACUCCAAGGAAACCAAGGUGAAUAACUCUUAUGACAAUGUGCGAACCCUCAGGAGCGCAACGAAGGAGAAAUCACUGAGGAGCAAAUCGCAGAAGGACGAAAAGAAAGUGGUCAGCGGGACGCGCUCUAGUGUGCUGCUCAAGAGGAAAAGCCAGUGCCUAUGGAAGGAUUCGUACGUGUAUCAAAACCUGCUGAAGAGGGCGAAAACCGGGGUACCCCGGAAAAGUGGCCGCAGCGACAACCGAAGCAACCGAAGAAACGAAAGUGAUGAUGAAGACGAUAGCGGAAGUACCGGCCAGAGCAGCGCCAGACCCAGCACAAGGAGCAGCUCCUCGGUCCGGAGGCAGACGCAGAGACAGACGCAGAAAAAGAACCGGCCACUUAGACACGCCGCAACGAUUAACAAGCGAAGCAGCAUGCUACCCGUGAGAGAGCAGAAAAACAGAGGCGACAACGAGGAGAAAGAACAACACAAAGAAUUUACAAUCGAAGAAGUGGAAAAGCUUACCAAAGACGCUUCCAUAAAACUCGUAGAGAAAAACUCCUGCCAGUAUGAGGACGGCGUGAUUUACGAAAGUUUAUUCAUCAACCAGGUGAAGUACAGCAUUGGAGACGACGUGCUGCUUUUUUGCAUGGGUAGCGGUGAAGGCGGCACCGGGACAAGCGGCACCACCACCCGCCAACCGAGCAAGAACAAGAACAAACAGAAGAAUGGGUACCAACUGAGGAAGGGCAAAAUAUCAAGUUUCUACCAAAACGAAGAAACCAACCAGGUAGAGGCAGAAGUGUGCAUAUACAUUGACCAACACGACGCCGCAUGUAUAAGGGAGCUGUGCGAAAAGCAAAAAUCCAGACGGUCCAAGGCAGACUUCGAAGUAUUCCUAGACGAAAAAACGAGAAAUUUCUACCUACUAGGAAAUAUAGACUUUAAAAUAGUAGAUGCGAAAAUGAUUUUAAAAAAAAUCAACGUAUACAAUGAGAAGAGUCUCUACGAUGAGGACAAAACGUCCAAACAGGGAAAGGACAAGUUCCUUUGCACGCACUACGUAAAAGAAAGAGAAGAAAGAAUAUGCGACGUGCAGAACAGUGAACAUUGGGAUAAUAUGGUCCUGGGUUCUAGUGACCUGUACUAUUCCUUCUCCAACGGGAAAAAGAGCAGCAAAAAUAAGUCUCUCAAAAUGAUUAUAGAAAAGCUCAAGGUGAACGAAGCAGGGGGGGUGAAUAACCAAAGCGAUAACGCUACAGUCAGUCCUAGCAACACUGCCACUAGUAGCAAAACACGAAGCAGCAACAAACGAACGGGCAGUACACUCAAGGCGACCCCAACCAGGGGAAGCACACCCAAGCAGAGUGCACAAAAGAACGCUAAGGUGGACAUAAAUAAUUUCAUAAAACAGGACCAAGAAAAUUACUACGUGAAUCUGCUACGCAAUAUCACAGACCCCACAGAUAAGGCCAUCCGAAUGAUGCAGCUGGAUGUAGUCCCAAAGUACCUCCCCUGCAGGGAAAAGGAAAUAAAAGAAGUCCACGGAUUCCUCGAAUCAGGUAUUAAACAAUCAGGCAGUAAUCAAAUCCUAUACAUUAGUGGAAUGCCAGGAACGGGAAAAACAGCCACAGUAUAUAGUGUGAUCCAACUGCUCCAACACAAGACGAAGCAAAAAUUGUUACCCGAAUUUAACGUCUUCGAAAUAAACGGAAUGAACGUAGUCCACCCGAAUGCAGCGUAUCAAGUGCUCUACAAACAGCUCUUCAAUAAAAAACCACCAAAUGCCUUAAACGCCUUUAAAAUGCUAGACAGACUUUUUAACCAAAAUAAAAAGGACAACCGAAAUGUAUCCAUCCUUAUAAUAGACGAGAUAGACUACCUGAUCACGAAAACGCAAAAGGUCCUGUUCACUCUCUUUGACUGGCCAACGAAGGUAAACAGCAAACUCGUUUUAAUAGCCAUUUCGAACACCAUGGAUUUGCCUGAACGGUUAAUACCCAGAUGUAGGUCUCGUCUAGCAUUUGGCCGAUUAGUGUUCAGUCCAUAUAAGGGAGACGAAAUAGAAAAAAUUAUAAAAGAACGAUUGGAAAAUUGUAAAGAAAUUAUCGACCAUACGGCUAUACAACUAUGUGCGAGGAAAGUGGCCAACGUGUCUGGCGAUAUCAGAAAGGCGUUACAAAUAUGCAGAAAGGCCUUCGAAAAUAAAAGGGGACAAAAAAUAGUACCAAGAGAUAUUACCGAAGCGACCAACCAACUGUUCGAUUCACCACUCACCAAUGCAAUAAAUUACUUGCCGUGGCCAUUUAAAAUGUUCCUCACCUGUGUUAUCGUAGAAUUAAGAAUGCUCAACGAUUUUAUCAUACCCUAUAAGAAGGUUCUAAACAGAUAUAGGGUUCUUGUCGAAACAAGUGGCAAGUACAUAGGCAUGUGCAGCAAUGCAGAGCUAUUUAAAAUUAUGCUAGACAAGUUGGUAAAAAUGGGCAUCCUGCUCAUUCGUCCUUAUAUACCCCUUGAAAGUUUGGCAAAAAAUAAAAACAAAGAAACUCUCCUUGGGUUCAACGAAUCGUCUAAGAAGAACGGUCCAGAGGGGAGCAAAUCCACCAGGACGCAAGUCAGCGCAGAAAUAGAUAAAGAAUCUGGAGACAUGGGUUUGGAGCUCAACGUCGAAACGCAGCUCAUCAUCACCGCCCUCAUGAAGGAUGCCGAGUGUUCACAGAAACUCAACUUUUACUAA